CUGUCAGCUCAACAGUCCCGUCACCCGCAGGUGGGCGGUGCCAAAACCCUCUGCUUUUUGCUUCCUUCCUGCUCUGUUCUAUUCAACUCCAACAAUCAUUUUAUUGAAUUAUGUAUUAUAAAUUUGGGGGCAGCCCAGGUGAGAGGCAUUACAUAUUUGGGUGCCUUUAAAUUCCCGGAUUUUGCUCUAAAUACCGUAAAGGUUCCACCUUUUUUCCUACUUUAAAUACACUUGCGCAUUCCACCUGCCACUCUCCCAAAUUCCUCACUGAGAUAGCCAUGGACACACUUGAAGGGUGUCCCUGAAAUUUACCAAGAUUCUUGUUGUGAUCAUGGGGAAGCUGCACAAGAAAAUUUCAAAGGCGUUGGACUGUUUUAGUCUUAGUCUUGGUCCCUCCUCUUGUAGCUCAGGCUCUUGUUUUUGCAUAAACUCCAUGGAAGAGCAGGAAGAUGAGUUUGAUAAACUGCCCCUCAUAUCCACUCACAAAGACCAGCUGCCCACGUUGAAGGACGUUGUCAAUGGAAACCAGACCUUGGCCUUUCAACUCAAGCCCAAGAUGGUGACUCUAAGGGUAUCCAUGCACUGUAGAGGCUGUGCAAGAAAGGUGGAGAAACACAUUUCAAAAAUGGAAGGAGUGAGCUCGUACACAAUAGACCUGGAGACUAAGAUGGUGAUCAUUAUUGGGGACAUUCUGCCAUUUGAAGUGGUGGAGAGUGUCUCUAAAGUCAAAAACGCACAGCUCUGGCAAUCCUCGCUAGCUUGAUCAUUAUUCCAUAUGAACAACACCAUUAUUAAUUAAAUGUGUACAUCGUUGGAAGACAGGGGGAUCGGAAUUUGGCAGAGAAUAUUUUUUAUUCUCACUAAUUUUGUGCUUUUUUUCUUUUAAUUUCCGUAUUCUAUAUGUUUAUUCACCGGAAGUGGUGUGAUUUAUAGGAAUUUAAUGAAAAUUAAAUUUGAUGA